UCUGUACUCUUAGUGACUUCUUCACUGCCGAGCCGCUGACCAGUCCCGAGUGAACCGAGGACUUUCGCGUGCCCAGAGACUCAGUGUACCGGCGACCGUUGACAAGAGAACAUCAGCGCGCGAUAAGAAUGCGGGCAGAAGCACUGUUGAUAUUGGCCACGGCGGCGCUGGCAGCCUGCUCGGAAGGCGACAAUAUUCCAGCAGAAUCAUCUCUGCUCGCCAAAUUCGUCCUCGCCCUGUCUCGACCUGGCGCCUUUAACAAGACACAUUCUGUAUUUGGCGGACAGCUCGAUCCGCCACCGGAAGUGACGUCAUGUCCAUUGGGUGAAGAGGGGCUGACUUGCCGACAGGCCGAGGCGAGGCGAGUCAUUGACAAUUGUCCAGGAGGAGACUGUGAAGGUUGCGACUACUGCCAUGAGAUGCAUGCUAGUGCAUGGCCACGCUGCUGCCAACAUAACAGUCUGUGCUGCCUGGAGCUGGCAAGAGCAUGUCAGACAUGCAAGGUGGCAACACUGCAGACAUUCUGUAACAAACACUUCAAAAAGUGCUUCUAAACAUUUGCGUGAAUGUAAAUAGACAAUGGUGGAUCUUUUGCUUGAAGCAAGCGAUUCUCACCUCUGGAUAAGUGUGAACUGUAAUUUUGUAUUUCUGCUUUGCUAAACUUUAUGAAUAAGCAAAUAAAUAAAUAUAUUAACAUUUCUGUAAUGCCAAUUUUGCAUCAGUCUGCACACUGGGCGAUAAUGAAAUGGAUACCAGAGAUACAUACUGUGAACUCUGCACGGAGCCACGAGCUUCCUCAGCAGUCACCAGUUGCUCGUUGGUCAAGAAAAUGUCCACCUUUUAUAGAACCAGAAGGUUCAAUACCUUAUUCAGAACAGCGGGAAACUGUACUGUCCUAAGCCA